AGGUGGAGCAGUUGGAACAGAUGAAAUGCUUAAGAACUUAGUUUUAAGAAUACCAGCGCAUUAAUUAAGCUACCAAUAGGAACGAUAGCAUCGUCGUUUUUUACAGUUCUUUCAGUAAGGAACGAGUGUCAUCGAUAUGCAGACCGAAUUUCAAGUUGAUGUGACCUGUCCACCUCCUCCGUUGGAUGAUUCCUUUCCUCAUCUCAGAUUACUUGAACAGAUAACAGCUUCCGAUAAAUUGCUGGUAAAGCACUUCCUUUCCAAACGAUCCGAAGCCGUUGGAACGAAAUCAGCCCAAAAUGCCUCAAAAACUGACCGUUGCACCGAUAUACCGCAAUAUCGUACGGAACUUUGUGCGGCCUUGCUACUGUUGGAGCGUUUGAACCGUUCCAUGAUUGAUCUGGAGAAUAUGCUUCAACCCGCUGGUGACGGCUCCGAACAGGACCAAGAUUGGACCACUGAGCUCGAUCAGACCGUGCAGCUUGAGGAAGCACUUCGCAAUAAAUUAGACUUUCUGCAAGAUCCCGCACGAUUGCAAACCCUUAAUCGCAAGUUGGCCACGCGACGCAAAAAGCGUGCAUGGCAAAGGCGUCGCAACACGCGUCUAGCCGAAGAGUCCAAACAACUACAAAAGAAGCGCGAGAAACGGCUAGAGGAAAUUGCCCUUUGGGAGGCCGAUUGGCAGGAGCGAUUGAACCGGGAGCGUGCGGCACGGGAUGAGCUGCUGGCAAAGUCCGCUUUUUUGGCCGAUGUACGACGACGCAAAGCCCGGGCCAAACGAAACCUGCGAACGUUCGAAAAGACGGUUUAUCUUCGCAGCCAACAACGUCCAGCCGAUGCUAGCGCGCUGGAAGGCAAACAGCAGAGGCCGUCGGACGUUUCUGAGGAACGGUUUCGGCGUGAUAUCGACCAUUUAAUCACCGAGUGGAAGGCUAAACUGAGCGAGUGCGUUAAGGAGGAGAAGCGACUGAAGGACGAACUUGCACGCCGUUCUAUGGGAAACGAAAGUCGACGUCGUGAGAAUCGCUGGCGAAAGGCUCUCUUUGGUGACGCGGCUUCCGGUCCGAUUAAUCGAAAACUUAUCCACGAUCCGGAUGAACUUAUCGCCAUACGCCGAGCGUGGGACGUGUACGCAUUGUCACAUAGCUAUGGUUCCGAUGAGCGUACUUCCGGCUGCAGCGCUGUUCCUUUCGGGUGGGUAAAACCGCCGGAAAAUGCGCUUCCUGAAUGGCAGACGUACAGAGAGAACCACAAAACCAAGGAAAACGGUAACACCGCACCCGAGACAUGAUUUAAACUCCGAAACACGUCGGCUCGCCCUGCAAUUGAUUUUCCAUCUUUUGAAAUAAACUGUUAAUUACACCUACAUUGUGCCUUUGCGGUUUAUGUUUCGAACGGAACGCGCUGACCCAAGAAACACAGGAAGGCUAAGCACCAGAGCAUUGGUUUUAUUAUGAUUUCUUCCAUCACCUGCUUCUCCACUACACCUGGGAAAGGCCCCAUUCACGUUAUGUGUAUGUCUCAUGCUACUCGGUGUAAGAUAAGGUACAUAUCAAUAAACAACUGUUACAUGAUGUCCUGUAGUCCUGUGGUUAGGUCGCGACAGCCUAAAACACUGCGUUGCGUCUGCGUGAUCUGCGUGUUAGCAUAUUUCUCCUGCGCGCUCCAUGCGCGAUCGUGAUCUUUCGAAGCCUGCCAACUCCAACUCUGUAACUAAACACGCUUUCUGUGCUGUGGCUCCUCCAAUCGCUCGUCCACACUACCCAUUUUGCUGGCGUGUAAUGUAAUUGUUAUAUUCAUAAAUACUUUUUUACGAACGUAAGAAAACACUCUAAUC